UUCUUAUCUCCAGUAGCCCAUCCUCAUUCUUCAAUAUGGACACCUGGCAUUUUCUCAGCCUUAAGUAAGCUCAGCUCCCGGCUCCCCUGCUUUCCAACCGGACCACCAGCCCUUGGCCCCUAUCAAACUUCUGGAGCUGCCUCCUCAAUGAUGGAGGAUCAGACUCCACAGGCAUCAGGACAUGGGGAGGGGGCAGCAGGGCUCUUUCCUUUACCUCAAUCCUGCUGGGCUAACGCUUGUGGUGUUCACUAGGCUUCACUCUGUAAUUUAUGUCUCUGGCUCCAGAAUUUCAAGUUCUACUUAGUAACACCUACCUGCGAGUGGCUUCCCAGGGAGCUAAAGGAAGAGGUUUGAACUUCAGAGCACAGCUGCAAGGUUCUUCUCUGAACUGAACAAUGGCUGUAGCUGUGGACCAACAAAACCAGGCUCCUCAAGUACAAGAAGAGGUUCAAAUAGUGAAGCUGGAACACGAGUCCCACUGGCAGCAGGAAAUUUCCCUUCAAGGGAGUGACCCCGGACCAGAGACCUCCUGCCAGCGCUGUUGGCAUUUCCACUAUCAAGAAGCAUCAGGGCCCCAGGAGACCCUCAUCCAACUCCGGAAGCUCUGUCGUCAAUGGCUGAGACCAGAGGAGUAUACCAAAGAGCAGAUCCUGGAGUUGCUAGUCCUGGAACAGUUCCUGACUGUCCUCCCCCAGGAGAUCCAGAUCUGGGUGAGACAAAAGCAUCCAGAGAGUGGAGAAGAGGCUGUGGCCCUUGUGGAGGACUUGCAGAAAGAACCUGGAAGACGGAAGCCACACGUUAAGAUUCAGGAACCUCGUUCCGAGUACUUAGAAUGGAAGGAUGUGAGAGAGACAGCCACCUGGGCUUGCCAGCAGUGGGGGGACGUGUAGUACUUUGCUGUUUAUUGUGUCAGAGUAGAAUCUGCUUAUUCCCUGGGACCAGGAGCUGCAACUCGCCUCCCAAGUCCAGACUGACUCUUCGGAGAAUGCACAACAUUGGUUCCUCUGAGUGUUGUCCCUGUCAUUACAUGACAAUGACUUAAAAUGGCUUGAAUACUGCUCUGAUCAAAGAGGAGCACAGAAAAGCUGUUUUCUUUUUGGAGAACAGCAGUCAUUCGGCAGCAGCCAACCCAAAUCAAGGGGCUUCACUAAUCUUGACUGACAUUAUUGCAUCUUUGGAUCCUAUUGCAAAAUAGCUGCAUUGAUGGCUGGAUCUCUUGAGUUUUGCCUAGGGGUUGACCCAGAGAACUGGUGGGCAGAUGGCUGUGGGCCUGCAUUCUAGCCCAUGUCUCUCUGAAGUCUUCCACACACCCACACUCCUUACUGCCCCUGCAAUGAUUUGCAUAAGGCUGAUUCCCCCUUUGCUUUUUUGUGUCUUGGGACACAAGUUUUAGUGCCUACAGAAUUUUGGCCAGUUCCAGUUCAUCAACAGAGACAGGAGGUGCUCGCAGAGAAGGAACCCUCAGGAUCAGUACUGGGCUCCCUAAGUGUCUAUCUGAAGCAAGCACAGACAGAAUCCAUGUGUCUGUUCUAGGCAAUGGUGAAGCGCUCACAGCCAGAACCAGAACAGCUUAACCACGGCCCCAAAGCAGAACUCCAGUCCCUGCACAAGGGCGGUAAGCAGCAGCAGUGUGGAUAGGAAGGGAGGGACCUUCUGUGGGGAGGGCAGGAAAGCCCCUCUGAGUGCAGACAGUGGGGUAGAGGGCACAGCCCCUUUCCACUCGGAGAAUGCGGCAUGAGAACUGACCACAUCAAUCUGUGGGGUCCUCAGCAAGGCACCUCCAAGGGAAGGACUUGGUGUUUUAUAAAACUAAUAGGGGGGCCUGUGGCACCUCUCGUGAUGUGAAUGAGAGAUUACUGGUCCCAAGAGGUCAGGUGUGGGUAGAGAUUUUAGACCUGGUUGGUGGGACAGGCACAAAGAAGGGUUAAACUAAAGUGCAGUAAUUCUGAAAAUGUGUCCCCCCAAACCAAUUCGGAUGGUUCAAGCAUGCUAUCAAAACUGAAGAAUAAAAUCUAAAACUCUGACAAUCAGUAAUGUGGAUGGACAUGGAAGGGAAAAAUGAGGCACUCUCCUCUUAGGAAUGUGCCAUUGUGGUUUUUAGCCAAUCCUUUGAGAGGAGGAGGAAGACUUCUGUUUUUGAACUCAGUUGGGCUGGUCCCCAGGAGCAAUGGAGACACGCUGUCCUCUAAAUGGCUCCUUUUCCUUCCCCGAGCCCUGCCUGGUC